UGGUUCUCACAAGUCACUAAGGCAGAACUGGCUGGCACACGUGUAGGAAGAAAAGAGGCAUUAGCUCCAAGUCUUGGAAGGUCCAAUCCUUUCUUACCUUGGCAAUACACCAGUGCAUUCCUGCUCCGUUCCUAAUUGCAUUGGCAGGUGUGUAACUUAGAGUAGCUGCUUUUUUCACUUGCCUAAAAGUUUCAGUUUCAACUUUCACACCUGUUCUCAGCUCUGAGCUGCAAGCUGGACACAGACAGGUCUAGGUAGUCUUUUCAAGCACUCAGGAACCCAUUAAAUGUUAAGGUUGCUUGAACACCAUGACUGAUCAAGAAGCAUUUAAAUAUUCAAGAAGAGGUGCUGCUAGUUUUCAGGCUUUGCCAGACCAUGAGCAGAGCCUACACCCUCACCAUCCCGAGGUCCAUCUGAUGGAUGAUGCAACCAUUUAUAGUGGUGCUACUGGACUGAGGAAAAGUGCACAUGCAGCUGCAGACCAGGACAGAGCACCAGAGGCUCUGCUUUCUGAAGGAGACGACAGACCCCGAAUUGAAAAGGCCUUCAUCCCCAAACUCAGCCAUAAACUUGACUCUGGUAACAUGCUGUUGGCAAAUGAGGAUGAAGACUCAGAUGAUGACCCAGCUGUGCUCUCUCUUCAUGGCAUGUCGUCACCUGAAAGUAUAGUGUCAGAUGAAGAUCCUCUAACAGACCAGAUCAAUGACAUAAAAGGACCUGAAACAAGCACGAAGACUGAAGUUUGGCAAACUGAAUGGCACAAGAAUCACAUGGCAGCUAUAAGCAGUGAAAAGUUUGACAGCCUCCUGAAAAUGUGUCCAGAUUUCUACGACUGCAAAAGCCACAUGGCGGCAUUUGUCAUAAGAGAAGUCUUGGAUACAGCAGACCGUCCAUGUGAGCAGUACAAGGUAGUGGCAGUGGGAGCUGGGCGUUCAAGUUGCAGCAAAUGGCUUUGCUACAGUGGGGUGAUGGUUCAUGACUGCCAUGCCAUCAUCAUCGCCAGACGGGCUCUUUUAAGGUUUCUGUACAAACAGCUUUUGCUGUUCUUUGAUGCUGAUCCAAAGGCCAUGGAGAACUGCAUUUUUGAGAGUAGUGCAGACAGCCACCAGCUUCAGCUCAAACCCAAGAUCAGCUUGCAUCUCUACACCAAUCACUGUCCCAAAGGAGCUCCUAAGAACUUCUACUUUAAGGGCACAGCAAAUGACACCUGGACCUCUGUGAAGCUGCAGUAUCAUGCCAAAGGCCUGCUGGUCCCUGUGGCCUACCUUGACCCGAGUCUCUGGGGUGCCAGAGUCUGCUGCAUGUCUGCUAGUGACAAGCUGUGUCGCUGGACUGUUACUGGGAUUCAGGGUGCAUUACUGAGCCACUUUAUUCAGCCACUUUACAUCACCAGCAUGGUGCUUGGAGGCCAGAAGCUCAUGAACCAGGAAGUGUCUGAUAUCACCAACAAGCGACUGGGUGAUGGAUGGCAGAUCUUUCUGCCUCAGCCCUACAAGAAACAAGACAUCUUCUUUCUCUGUGGGGACUACGUGGGACCUGCUGCGCCCUCUCUGCAUCAUGACCAUCUCAGCACCAACUGGUGCCUCGGGGACAAGGACAUUGAAGUUUUGGACAGCAGCACGGGCUUGAUUGUGGAGGGCUCUCCGUCUGUGAGUGGGUCUGGCUUCUCCAGUAGACUUUGCAAGAGAGCCCUCUACAGUUAUUUCCGCCAAGUCGCACAGCUGGGUGGGCACACCUAUCUGCUGGAGCUUCCCACGUACCACAGCGUCAAGGUGGAAGCCGGUGCCUACCAGACAGUCAAAGAGCUGGUCAGGCAGCAGUUCCUGAACAUCGAUGCAGGGCCGUGGAAUUCAAAGAAGCUGGUGGAUUGCUUUAGCGCUUGAACUCUCAGCCAGAACCCGGUCAUGUUGAUGUUUAUCUAAGUUCCUCCUGAGAUUUGAUUCGCUGUUCUUUUGUGCACUUUGCUAAUUACCUUCAACCGUAAUUGUAUUUUUGUUUUAUGUACGACUUUAGAGUUUUCAGUUUGCGUAGGUGUUUGAGAAAAAUAAACAAGGCCCUGCUGUUGCA